UGGUGAUAAAACCGUGCACUAUUAAAUCUCAGAGUUUCGCGGACGCCUUUUCUGCCUCUCCGCCUUAGAGAUCGGACUCCUGUACUAUAGUCUCCAUGCCUACUUGACUUACAAGAACGUUGCUCAGGCGCCAGAAUAUUGUGGAAAGAAAAAUGGAUAUGCUUUAGAUGAUAAAAAUUGCUUUUGGCACACCGAAUUCACUAGCAAGAGGUUCAACCUAACCUAGCUUUUCCGAUUUUAAUGCAUGGAAGCCUUAAUGUUUCAUUGGGACUGACUGAACGUCGCACUUACUCAACAAAACGAACGACUUUUUUUAGAUAUAUAUUGUACGAUGUGAAUCCCCCUGAAGGAUUCAACCUCAGGCGAGACGUCUACCUCAGAACGUCAAUCUUUGUUAGAAACUUGUCAGAGAAAAGUAAAAAGCGCUACCAGUGGCACCUUGUCCUGCCACCAUGGGGAAAUUUGUACCAUUGGAGAAGCACGGACAUUGGUCCCCAGAAGCAGAUACCAUGGAGUACAUUCUUCGACUUGGAGAGUUUGAAGAAAUAUGUACCAGUGAUAGAGAUGCACGAAUUUAUCAAAGAAUACUCGCAAAACAGCAAGACCUUGGCGAUAGAUCGUGUCUACAUUUUACAAAAUGAUGAAAAAAUGUUUGAGACUGGUAACUUUGACGAUAAAAAUCAGCUCGUCAACUGUACCCCUGAUGCGUUGAGAAAGUACCAAGCCUCUAGUUCUGGCAACUACGGUGCAAAGUUUUGGGGCUACUCGAAUGUCACUGCUAACGAAGUGAAGUGCCUAGUCUAUCAUGGCACUAUGUCUGGACUUGAGGAGAAUCUCUAUCCUGAUAUUUACAGCUCUGUGAUGUUCGAUCACAUGGAGAUACCCCUUCAUGAUUCUUACGGUACAAAAGAAUACUGGGCAGCAAGACGCAGCAUGAGAUAUAACUCUGCUCUCUAUGAGAUCGCUAAUGAUUUCAGGCAGAAAUAUUUAAAGUCAAAUGACUCUAGGGACAAGACAGAACUACCUAUGGACUGGACCAAGGAGAAAAGCAAAAGAAACGCGCUCGGAGGACCAUAUCUAUGUGUACACUUUAGAAGACGCGAUUUUUUAAUAGGUCGCGCAGGUUCUGUACCGACAAUAAAGAAUGCGGCAUCUCAGUUGAGUAUAAAAAUGGAAGAACUAAAUUUGCAGUCGAUUUUUAUAGCAACAGAUGCAGAGAAUAACGAAUACAAUGAGCUUAAAUCACUGCUAAACAUGUAUGCAGUAACAAGAUACACACCAUCAGAUAGUGUUAAAAAGUUGUAUAAAGAUGGGGGUGUUGCUAUUAUAGAUCAAAUAAUUUGUUCAAAAGCGAGGUACUUCAUAGGAACGCACGAAUCGACGUUCACGUUCCGAAUCCAAGAAGAUAGGGAAAUAAUGGGUUUCCCAUCGAAGAUGACAUUCAAUGAAUUGUGCGGAAUUGAGAAAUGCAAAUCUAGAAGUUCAUGGAAAAUCUUAUGGUGAUGAGUCAAGAUGGCAAAAAUCGAAAAUUCGAAUUAAACACAAUGCGCAACAAUGUAUCCAAGAAAAGAUGCAGUAAAAAAAAUAUUCGGAAAUAAAAAUUCUCCUACCCAUUCUGAUAGUUUACACCUUUUUCUACCAGUUGAUAAAAUUCAAGAGUAAUAAUUUAUGCGUCGUUUACUCUCCAGUCCACUUUUACAGUUAGCAAAGAUAUUUUCGGGGAAGGAUAAUUGCGAUUAACUGUGAGAGCAA